AAAAAAGCAAAACAAACAAAUAACACAGUUUUCAAGAUACGGCUGCCUGAAACUUACGUUUUAUUAAAUUUAUUUGAAUGUAUUGAGAAUGAAUUAUCGUGGAUCCCACUAAUUGUAUCGUGGUAUGGAGCCAUAUAUCGACGAAUCCAGCAAAGUCAGCCAGUUGGAUUUGUACGAAGAUCUGUUAGCAAAUGAAAACUCUACAGCCAGAUGCGUCACUGUGAAAGAGGUAAUUGCACAAAAAGAUGAUGUUGUGCUGCAAAAUAAAGAAUUAAAAAAGCAGCUUGAUGCGGCGUUAUGCAAGUUACAAAAGCUUACGGAUGAACACAACAUUUUGCAACGUAACUUUGCAAGUUUAUUAGAAACUGCUAAAGUUGAGCUCGAACGAAAGAACAAGUUGAUUGCUGUUCUCACUCAAAAGCAGAAGAGUAUUCAAAAAGAGUCGAAUUUUUGUUUAAAAGAUGACCCACAAAGGCAUCAAAAAAGAGGGAGCAGGGAAAGAAGUUCUUUGCAAAAAGAUAUCACCAAAGAAUCCUUUACUGGUAGGUCCUACAGACAAAGUGCUGACAUUUCAAAACAUGAACCAAAUUCUCGAAAACGUCCCCUUGAUUUAAAAAGUGAAGUAGAAUGUAAAAUUCCCAAAAAAUGUCUUGGCAAUUUAAAAGGUAAAAGAUUUAAUGUUGACAGAAAUCGUUCCGAGUCAAAAUCGCCAAACAGGAAAAGCGAAGAAAGGUCUGUUUCUACAAAUAAAACAGAUUCAAUUAAAAGCACCCAUAUAAACAAAUCAAAUUCGGCACAGGUUGCAAAAAAAUCUGUUAUUUCUUCCUAUGGAGAGGUGGGUUUCUCCAAAGUUAAUGAAACAAUCUCAUUUAAGAAGUCAAAAAUGAUGAAAGAAGUAAAUACAUGUAAAACUAAACGCUUUGAAUCAACACUGCCAAACCAAAGGUUACAUGAAACAGAGAUUUGUCAUAAACUUGCGCCAAAAACAAACAACAGCAAAGGUAUCGCAAAACCUGUCGAUAAAUCUAUGACCACAAUUUCUUCAACUGCAUCUUUAAAGUGUUUGGAAAAGUCAAGUGAAACAAGAAAUUAUGUAAUGGAGUUGGAAAAAGAAAGCACAAAAAAGGAGAAAACAACUUCAAAGUUUAAUAAAACAUCACUUUCUUUGAGUGGCUCAAGCAAUUCAGUUAAUGAAAUAGGAGCUGGGAAAAACGGUCCAACAAAAAACUUAACAGAUGAAAAAUCUAACUCAGCCGCAUUAAAAUUAUCUUGUUCAUCAAACUGUUUAUCAAAGAAAACACCUGAAUCUGUAAAAGAACUGCUAUCAACUAACAUGAAAAUCUCCCCACCUAACAAAUCUGGUGAAAUUGAAAAAUCUGAGGAAAAAAGAACUUCCGAUGUUAAUACACCACCUUUAUCUUUAAAGUCUUUAAAAAAGUCAAAUGAAGCACAGAAAAAGUCAACAGAAAGAACAAAUAAUGAAAAACACAAUUCUAAUGCACGAAAAUUAUCGCGAACUUUAAGUGUAAGGAAACUAGAAAAAUUAUCUGAACCGGAAACAAAAUCUACAGCCAAAGCAGAAAAAGAAAAAACUUUAAACAAAACACAAGAACCUGUUGGGGAUAAGACAGCAGAAAGCGGAAACUAUGUCGAAAACAAUUCUAAUAUUAGAAAAUUAUCACAAAAUUUUGGAAAAUCAGACAAAUCACCUGAAACGAGAACAAAAAUGACAACAAGCCCAACAGAAAAUGUAAAAAAAACUUUGAAGAAAUCUGUGGGGGUAAAGUCAGCAGAAAAAACAAAUAGUGACAACAACAAAUAUACUGAUCAAAAAGUGUUGCGAUCUCCUAGUUUAAGAAAAUCUGAUAAAUCAAUUGGGUCCAAAUCAAAACCGAAAACCAGUCGCACCAAGAAUGAAAAAAGAAGUUCUGGAUCUUACGAGCCCUCAUCCAGUUCUUUGGAACAUGUAGUUGAAAUAGAAGAAACAAAAACAUCAAGUAAAAGAAAAAAGAAGAAAACUAGUUCUGAACUACAGACACUUUCAGUUUCUUUAAGCCCAUUAAGAAAUAUACAUGAAACGCAAGUUUCUGGAACAAAAACAGUAAAUGAAACAAAAGAGACAAAAUCUACUCCCAAAUUUCGUAGUCUUUCAGUUUCUUUAGGCUCAGCAAAAAAAUCAAUGGAGACACUUGAUUCUGACAGAAUAACAGCAACAGAAACCAAGAAAAACAACAAAUCAUUGCAUAAAUUGCCACUUAAGACCAAACCAUCACUAAAAGAAACAGCCUCUGUCUCUUCUAAGAGUAAGAAUACAACAGACUGUAGUGUUGAGAAAAACACAAAGGCGAAUAAUGUGGAACAGAGUAAAUCAAAAGUAAAUCAAAAAACUUCUAGUAAAUCAAAAACUGAUGCAAUAAAACGGCCAAUUUUAGCACAAAAGACAGACCAGUGCACUGUACACAAAUCUAAGUCUGUGUCUUAUGAAAAGAUGCCUGUUGGAGUAGUAGCCGCUGACACUUUGAUUCCAAAUCAACAUGAAACUGAGAACAUGGAUACCGGUAAUCAUGGCUUUGAUGGAGGCCUAGUACCCAAAGAUCACACUAGUAAAACUACCACAAAAAUCAAAGUACCAUCACUGUUAAAGGAAAACCUAAACCAAAAUCAGAAAAAAGAUUGUCCAGUUUCACCAGCAAAAAUGGAACCUGAAGUUUUAAAAUUACCAACAAAACAAAGAGAAGAAUUAUAUACUGACAUUGCUAGAUCAGAAGUUUCGAAAAAAGACGUUAACCCAAUCGCAAAGAAAAAUGUUGUAUUCACGGAAAAGGAAAACUCCAGUGACACUACAUCAGUUCCUGACAUAGGCACACAAAGCCACAACCUGGGAUUUAUGUAUGGCUACAGAAAUGCAGCUCUUCAAUGCUUACUUCACAUUUCCACAAAACUUUUGGCAAGUUUUAAAACCGAAAAAGCUCCAGUUCCCAAAGUAAGGGAUUUAUGGAUGUUAAGUUUGGACAAUUGUCAAAAAAGACGAAAAUUUAAUAACCAAUGGCAGUCGGAACGAAUAUCCGAGAAGGAAAAUCUUAUCGUGGCAAGUACCAACACAGAACAUGCACUACCUUCAGCUGAUAUUGUUUCGGCCUCGCGUUCUUCAACUUAUACAAUGAACGAAGAAUCCAUGCGAGCUUUCUUUAACAUGGAACAUGCACUUACCCCAAUAAAAACACCUUUAUAUUAUGAGACCUCAGAGAGGUAGCAACGAAACACAACCAACCACCACAAAUUUAAGAAUACUUUUUUUCGAUUUUUUUAAAUAAAAUAUUUUCUUACCAGUA